ACUCCUUAUCACCACAUCCGCCUCAGUACACCUGCUUCUAUAAUCCAUAUAUCUAUUACAUGUGCGGCAAGCACACCAUAUACCCCAAUAGCAGCACACCAUCCCGCUGCUGAUACCAACCAUUUCGCCCCAGUGAUGUUCUCCCCAAUACUCAGCCCCUACCGCCUACCUAAACCCAUCUUCGUACUUGUAUGCCUCCUACUCAUAUUGGGCCUACUGUUCCUGUCGUUUGCAAGUCAUGAUGAGAGUCGGGGGUAUAUGAUUGACAUUUUUAAAAAAGCUGGUGCCAAUGUUGGGGUCUCUGCGUCAAGACUUUCAGGAAAUGCAGAAGAGGAUGCCAUGAGAGAAUGGGAGUUUAGAAGAGCCUUACAACAUGAAGGGACAAGCGCAAGAGUACAAGCUUUUUUGGACAAAGCUCGUUCCGGCAAGGCAUUCACUGUAGCAUCUAUUGGUGGUAGUGUCUCAAAAGGCCGUGGACUCACACCUCCCAAGCCAUCCCAAUUAGUCCACAAUACCUUUCGCCGAUCCUCUGAAGGGGACUCGGUCAGACCCAGUGAUGUCCCAGAUGACAGUCCUCAGGAUAAUAUUGACCUUACCGAGGUAAUACCUUCAUCUGCUCAAUCUGAGCUCGAACCUACCGGAUCAGCUAUCGAGGAAAAUCAAGGGAAGAAUGUCUCUCAUCCUAUCGCACCACUUGUACACUUGGGGGCCAGCACUCUUUACUCGCAUGAAAACCUUCACGUGCAGAUAUUUGAGUGGUUGAACGAGACCUUCCCUAACCCCGACAAUAGGUUCAUCAAUGGCGCUCAAGGCGGCGUAGGCGCUGCUUACUUUGGUUGGUGCUUUAAGGAACAUAUACCUGAAGAUGCUGACCUAGUAUUACUUGAACUAGGAAUCAAUGACUUGCUAGAAUUUGAUGUAUUUAGCCAGUAUGAGCACUUGGUAAGAGGUUUGCUAGAGUUGGAGAACAAACCCGCCCUCAUCAAUAUUGAAACAUUCACUACCCUCUUCCCGUCGUUACUCUCGUCUUCUAGUUUUCACAAUGAUGUCCUCUCCUUCUAUGAUGUGCCAUCGCUCUCAAUACGAGACGUUGUCCUCCCUCGCAUUCUUGCAGAUCCUCAGCAGCAGAUGAGAAGAUGGUUUAGAACGGGGGAUGACGUAGCUAUGGGCGAUCCGAAAGUGAAGGAAUGGGGAGGGGUCCCAGUCGAUGUCAUGCAUAUAUCGGCAAUCGGCCACUCUCUCGCUGCGGGGCUUGUUAUCAGAUAUCUGCAUGAACAGAUUGAUCGUUCGACGUCAUAUGGCCUUAGCGCACUUGGUCGACUUACAUCCACGCCUAAAAAACCUACAGUAAGAAUCAUGGACGUCCCAGCGACCACCUUGACAGGCCUGUUCAAUCCAGAUAAAGCAGAUAUGCGCCAUGCCCCUGUAUGUCGGUCACAAAACUCGGGCAAAACGCAUGGUAAAGUAUCCAGUCUCGUCGAUGACUUUAGUGAAGGAACCUACAAAGGUCUAACUUUGGCAGAAGGAUCUCAUGGGUGGUCGGAAUGGUCCUGGAAAGAAAAACGAUAUCUCAUUGCCAGAGAACCCGGAUCCAGAGCUAUAUUCGACUUUACUAUAUCUCUGCCUCAAGAACCCUUGAUCUCAGAUGAUCCUUCUGCAUUCCUCCUUGAUGGCGCUGACGAUAUAACCGCCGAAACGCCUUCACAAGUCCACAAAACUGAGGGUGAAGACGACAUGCCUGUCGAACAAGAAUUCCCUCGUGGUUCCCUGGCCCACCGCUCGGCAGGCCUGCGCAAAAUCUGGAGCUCUGCCAUAUCCCAUCAACCACGUCCUACCUCGCCGACCUUGCCAGGCAGACGUUACAUCUCCCAGCCUAAUGCUAAACAAAACCCUCAAGCAGGUGGUUCAAUUCUCAUUGGUUAUCAACGGAGUGCGAAGCUCGGGCUAGGGUCAGUGUGGUGUUGGAUCGAUGAUGAUAGAGAUGGCGGCCAGAGAGUUGAUGGUUGGUGGAAGCUGGACAAGCGCAAUAUGGGAAUGGUGAAAGAGAUAGCAGUCGGUUUGGAACCGGGGAAACAUACGCUUACCUGCGAGAUACUUGAGGACACGCUUGAUCCCAUGGGAGGAACUGAAUUCAGGCUAUUUGCUAUUAUGCACGAUUAGAGGUAGACUGUAAUUAUAGUGGUCGGUGCUUCCGUAGGUUGAUCAACGCAUCUCUGUCCUUUCAUCUCCCAUCGCCAGAUUACCAUGUUCAUUCCAUCCCCCCGAAAAUAGCCCGUCCUCCUGUCCAUCCUUCCGGGCCAGUACAAGUAGAUGUUCUGUCCUUGCCACUAUUUUCUUCGCCUGCCAACCUCCUGGUAUAUUGAUUUUACCUCUCUCUGAACUUGCUUGACCUCGGAGGAGUUGCGAGUGCGUGUUGGAACCUUGCGAGUAGACACCAUCCGAUGUAAGGAAGUAAGAUCCUCCCCACGUUGCUGCGGGUAGACAAAUACCAAUGUUAUAUUUACUAAUUUUAUCAAGCCUU